UAGUAUUCUUUACCCCUAAACACUUCAGAAUGAAUGAGAGUUCAACAUUUGUUUACUAUUGUGGUAAAAUCCACAGGCAGUGAAAUAUACAAAUUUUAAGUGUAUACUCACUGAGUAAUGAGGUUUUGAUCUGUGUAACUCAAAGCCCUAUCAAGAUAGAGAACGUCACUGUUACCCCUAAAGAUUUCCAUCAUGCCCCUUCCUAGUGAAUACCCCAGCACAGAUAACCACUGCUCUGAUUUGUUUCACUAGAUUGGUUUUGCCUAUUCUAAAAUUUCAUGUGCACAGAAUAAUAUGUACUAACAUUUGUUUCUUCAUUCAAUAACAGAUUUAUCCAGUACCUAUGAUAGCUCACAGACAUACAUGUGAUGUCUCUUCAAUGUGAGUAAUGAGUUCUCCCAGACAGACCAAAAAGCUGAAGGUAUUUCUAAGGCCUGGCCUGUGACCUCCUUCCCUCUGCCCUCCAAUCAUGUUGUCACUGAGACACCAUAGACAGCUGGGCCUCAGAAACAGAAAUGCAAGUCCUGUGUCCCAUUUGAGCCCUGGGCUCCUUCCUGACCAUCACGUUCCACCAUCCAAACUGGCCCUGGAGGCCUCUUGCCAGCUGCACACCCACACUUACUCACUUCCCACACCAGGGCUUCAUCCACAUUUCUCUAGCCAGGUGUUCAAGUGAGUGUCACAAUCUCAGUCCAGGCCAUGGGUAAAAGUACUGGUGGGAGGGCAGCUGGAAGAAACUAGACAAGAAGAGGCAUUAUAUGGUCCUGUAAUUCUGUGGAGGGGUGGUACAGGGGCGGAGACCAGGUAGGGGUUGGGGAAGAAAACAUGAAGAGAGGAAACAUCACAGACUCCUGAGCAAUCAGGGCUGGGCAGUGGAACAGUGCUUACCUGGAGCCACUGGAACCCUGGGCACAAUGCUCUUGCCCUCUAAGAAGGACCUCAAGACUGCUCUGGAGGUGUUUGCUGUUUUCCAGUGGGCCCUCAGUGCCUUACUUAUUGUAAUGACUUCGAUCGUUGUCAACCUCUACCUGGUGGUAUUCACACAAUACUGGCUUGUUACUGUGCUUAUUCUCGCCUGGCUGGUUUUUGACUGGAAGACCCCUGAGCGAGGUGGCCGCCGGUAUGCCUGUGUGAGGAACUGGCACCUGUGGAAACACUACUGUGAUUACUUCCCUCUCAAGCUUCUGAAGACUCAUGACAUCUCCCCCAACAGCAACUACAUUCUCGUCUGCCACCCUCAUGGGAUUUUGGCACAUACAUGGUUUGGCCACUUUUCCUCAGAGGGUUCAGGCUUCUCCAGGAUGUUUCCUGGCAUCACCCCUUACGCACUCACACUGGGAUCCCUUUUCUGGAUGCCUUUCCUGAGAGACUAUAUAAUGGCUACAGGGGCUUGCUCCGUGAGUGAAUCCUCCAUUGACUUUCUGCUGACUCAUAAAGGCACAGGCAACAUGCUCAUUGUGGUGGUUGGUGGUCUGGCUGAGUGCAGAUACAGCCUGCCAGGCUCUUCCACCCUGGUCUUGAAGAACCGGUCUGGCUUUGUGCGCAUGGCCCUUCGGCAUGGGGUGGCUCUAAUACCUACCUAUGCGUUUGGAGAGACAGACCUCUAUGAUCAGCACAUUUUCACUCCUGGGGGCUUUGUCAACCGCUUCCAGAAGUGGUUCCAGAGAAUGGUACACAUCUACCCUUGUGCUUUCUAUGGACGUGGCUUCACCAAGAACUCCUGGGGCCUUUUGCCCCAUGCACUGCCUGUAACCACCAUCGUCGGGGAGCCUCUACAAAUGCCCAAGAUUGAGAAUCCGAGCCAGGAGAUUGUGUCUAAAUAUCACGCACUCUAUAUUGAAGCCUUACGUAAACUGUUUGACCAGCAUAAGACCAAGUUUGGCAUCUCAGAGACCCAGGAGCUGGAGAUAAUUUGACAGACAUCCCCAGCAGCCUUCAGCCUGGCUGGAAGCUCUUCUCUGCCCUUUUCUUGCAACUACAGGAGAGAGAGUCCCAAGAAACAGGGAAGAGCCUAGGGCAGAGGUGCCCAGAAGGCGCUUUGGCACCAGCAUUGAGGAAAACAAUGGACAAAAUAAAAAGCCCAUCUUCUGAUAUGCUGUGUGCACCAACUACUCUGUUUUGAGGGCUCUGGGAUUCCUGCGCAUGUCUCUCUUUCUCUAGCUCUCAAACAGCCCCAUCUCCUGGCAUUAAGACUCCUGUAGGACUGGGGCCUUGAGAGCCUGUGGGCUUUGAGUUCAAGCUCCACCAACUUCAAGCCAUGUGACUCUGGGGCAAUCAGUCACCUCUGAGCCUCCUUUCUUCAUCUAUCACAUGAGACUAACAAUCUGUCCACUGCUUACCUCAAAGGCUAUUGGGAAGUUCAAACAAUACUGGAUGUGAUUGAACUUUGUAAUCUGGAGAGCUACACCAACCAUUUUCUUCUCCAAUCAUUUUACCCAUUUCCUGUCCCUGAUCAAACAGUGCCCUAAAUACCCUCUGCUACCUACUAGCCCACACUCAGUUUCCACCUCAUAAAGCUGUAACAGAAUAGGUUGGGCUCAGGCCUAAUUUUCUCUGAUGUUCCCUCAGCAACUUGCCUAUACUUGCCUGGCCCUAUAAUUCUGCCCUUUAUUUGAGAGUCAGCCAGCCUGCUCAGGAUGGAAAUGAGACGCCUGGCUUUUAGCAGCCAUAAAUAACUCUCCUUCUGAAUGGCAAGUCUCUGACUCUUGGUCCAAUGGCUGUUGCAAUGACAGGCUUCAAAAUUUGGCUCACAGCCCCAUCAUUCCAUCCCUCUCAUGUGGGUGCCAUUUGGUCCAAUGAUUUGCCUGCAUUACAUUCGUCAAUUUGGUCUACAACAUCCUGUGUGUUUAUUGUAGUAUGAGCUGCUGCCUCUGCCCUGGGUGCCUGCCUCAUGUGAUGAUUUGUAUACAGUGGGCAAAGACAUGCUUCCGCUUUUCUGCUGUCUUUGUUACUUGUUGUGCCAGAAAUUACAUUUUCCCUGAGCUUCCAUAAGGUGUUUUUAAAUAGUCUGCAGCUUUCCUGUGACUGGUUUCCUUAAAAUAAAAAAAACAAAAACAAAAACAAAAACCUCUAAGGUGGCCAGAGGACCAGCCUGGGCUCCAACACCCAGCCCAUGUACACCUGGUCAUUGCAGGUUUGUCGCAGUCUACUGUGUGCACAUUGCUCUACCUAUACGAUGGUGGUGGGUGGGGGGCGAGGGAUCAAAGGCUGCUGGGGUUGUGAAAAGUGCCAGAGCGCUCUUGAGCUACGUGUUCUUGAGCUGCUAUCUGGUCUUCUUCCCGUGAGUCUCUUCCUUAUUGAUUUUAGCUCAGGAUGGAUGAAGGUGGAAAUAGGCAAAUACUACUUUUCCAGGUAAAGGUAGACGAGCAGCCUUGGUUGGGAAGGAAUCAGACCAGUCUGACACACUUACUAGUUGGGGGACCCUGGGUGAGCUUCUUAAAGUGUUGGUUUCCUCAUCUGCAAAAUGAGGAGUUGGAGGCUGGGUUUACCCAAGCUAUUUGGGGCCCAGGCCUGAAGUAUCUUUUGUAGACACCACAUUCUUAAGCUGAGAGUGACUCAGUUCUGUGUAUCGCUGCCCCAGGACAAUGUUUCUUUUGGCAGGACAUCUAGCCUACCGGUCAUGUGGUCACAGAAGACAAGGCAAGCUUGUCUAACCUGUGGCCUACAGGCCGCAUGCGGCCCAGAAUGGCUUUGAAUGGGGCCCAACAUGAAUUCAUAAACUUUCUUAAAACAUUAUGAGAAUUUUUUGUGAUUUUUUUUAA